GACAGGUGUCGUUUUUAUUUGGUCUCAGGCUCACAAUUGCGCCUAGUUAACUUGCCUUGACUCUUUUUCCCGCAUUGUGGUUCGGGGGAAAAGCAUUAAAAGCCUCGUCUGGGAUCUUGUCUCUGGUCUCUCUUGUCCCUCUCGGAAGUCUGCCCUCCGUGACUACCGAUUUGGGUCCUGGCCUUAUUUUGCUCCCUAUUUACUUUACAUACUCCUCUCUUCAUUCCUCCGAUCCUUUUCCAUCGCCCUCAGCUCCUUUCGUCUCCAUCUAGAUCCUCGUUCCAUACCUCGUAGCAACAAUGUCUUUCUCGGCGGACAAGGUCAGCCAUUUGAAGGGAGCGUUUUCCCAGCGCCGCUUUUCGAGUUCAAAGGAUCCUACUGAGAGUGAGCUUGGCUCCUCCAUCCAUCGCCAAUUCCGCCAGUCACACGAAGGCCACAAGCCUCACGCCGGUCUCGACGCGACGCGCGCCUCGACGGGUGUCGUUUGGACAUCGGAACAAGCAUACAAGCACGGUUUCCUCGAACACCCAGAGGAAUGGGCCAACCUAGGUCAGGGUGCGCCUGAGGUCGACGACAGCAUUGAGGGCUGCUUCGAGAGGCCGAGAGAGGUGGAUAUUAGUGCUCACGGCAGAGAGUACGGUCCUACCGCUGGUAUCAGGCCGCUGAGAGAGGCGGUUGCAACACUAUACAAUGAGCACCACCGCAAGUGGCGCAAGAGCCAGUACACAUGGGAGAAUGUUUGCAUCGUCCCUGGUGGACGUGCUGGUUUGAUCCGUAUCGCUGCUGUGCUGGGCAACUGCUACUUGGGUUUCUUCAUUCCCGAUUACACCGCGUACAACGAGAUGUUGUCGCUUUUCCGAAACAUCGCCGCCAUUCCCGUCCCUCUAGGCGAGGCGGACCAAUACCACAUGUCGCCCGACAAGAUUGCAGAGGAAAUUGCCCGUGGUACCUCUGUCAUUCUCACAUCAAACCCCCGUAACCCAACCGGCCAGAUGGUCACCAACCCCGAACUCGCCCAGAUCCAGAACAUUUGCAGAGAUCGCGCGACUCUGAUCAUGGACGAGUUUUACUGCGGAUACAACUACACCACCAACUGCGACGGUACCGUCAUCUCGGCUGCUGACAACGUCGAGGAUGUAGACGAGGACGAUGUGCUCAUCAUUGACGGUCUUACCAAGCGAUUCCGUCUCCCCGGAUGGCGUGUAGCGUGGGUUAUUGGACCCAAGGAAUUCAUCCAGGCCAUCGGCUCCUGCGGUUCCUACCUUGACGGAGGCUGCAACGUGCCCUUCCAAGAAGCCGCCGUUGAGAUGCUUUCUCCUCCCCGUGUCCGCAACGAAAUGCGCGCUCUGCAAAUGCACUUCCGCACCAAGCGCGACUACGUCAUUGGCCGUCUCCAGGAAAUCGGCUUCAAGUUCCCCUACAUGCCCAACUCGACUUUCUACCUCUGGCUCGACCUGUCUAACCUUCCCGAGGGCAUCAACGACGGUCUCAACUUCUUCCAGGCUUGUCUCGAGGAGAAGGUUAUUGUUGUCCCUGGUAUCUUUUUCGAUCUCAACCCCAGUAGGCGUAGGGACCUGUUCGACUCGCCUUGCCACCACUUUGUCAGGUUGAGCUAUGGCCCCCGCAUGGAUGUGCUGGAGAAGGGUCUGGACUCGAUCCAGAGGAUUGUGACAAAGUACAAGGAACAGCCACAAAAGCAUCGCGCUGUGUCACAUAGGCCCCGCGGUACUCCCAUGUAAACACGCUAUCGAUGUGUAAUUGGGUGUCAUGGUACAGGACUUGUUUGGAAUAGGUGAUUGGGUCGCCUUAGAACUUGGUCUGAUACACUUAGAGUAGACUACGUGGAGGAAUAUUUAUCACAUGAACUAUUC